AUGGCGUGCUCCUUGUGGAAACUACACACCUUCUGCUGGUUCCUCAUCACACUGGCCCAAGUGCACUCCACAGAGGGGUUCAGUCGAGCCGCCCUGCCGUUCGGCUUAGUGCGGAGAGAGCUGUCUUGUGAGGGUUACCCCAUCGAUCUGCGGUGUCCGGGAAGUGACGUCAUCAUGAUCGAAAGUGCCAACUACGGCCGGACAGACGACAAGAUCUGCGACGCCGACCCUUUCCAGAUGGAGAACGUCAACUGCUAUCUUCCAGAUGCCUACAAGAUUAUGUCGCAAAGAUGCAACAAUCGGACCCAGUGCAUCGUGAUCACUGGCUCAGAUGUCUUCCCUGACCCCUGCCCAGGGACCUACAAGUACCUGGAGGUCCAGUAUGAGUGUGUGCCCUACAGUCCAUGCCCAACCAGAAUAGGACCAAGAACACAGAAUGUAUCCUAUCGCGACUGCCCCGAAGUGGAGCAAAAAGUUUUUAUUUGUCCUGGGACUCUGAAAGCUGUCGGCGAGCCUUCCUUUCUGUUUGAAGCGGAGCAACAAGCCGGCGCCUGGUGCAAAGACCCGCUGCAAGCCGGCGAGAAAAUCUACUUUAUGCCUUGGACUCCUUAUAGGACAGACACUCUCAUUGAGUAUUCCUCCCUGGACGACUUCAAAAACGCCCGGCAAACCAUCACCUACAAGCUGCCCCACCGGGUGGAUGGGACAGGAUUUGUGGUCUACGACGGCGCCGUGUUUUUCAACAAGGAACGGACGCGCAACAUCGUGAAGUUUGACCUGCGAACUCGUAUCAAAAGCGGCGAGGCGAUCAUCAACAACGCAAACUAUCACGACACGUCGCCUUACAAGUGGGGCGGCAAAACGGACAUUGAUCUGGCAGUGGACGAGAACGGGCUGUGGGUGAUCUACGCCACGGAGCAGAACAACGGCAUGAUGGUGAUCAGCCAGCUCAACCCUUACACUUUACGUUUCGAGGCCACCUGGGACACGACCUAUGACAAACGCUCGGCCUCCAAUGCCUUCAUGGUUUGUGGAGUACUGUACGUGGUCCGCUCCACCUAUGAAGACAAUGAGAGCGAGGUCAGCAAGAGCCUGAUCGAUUACGUUUACAACACCAAACAGAACCGUGGGGAAUACGUCGAUAUCCACUUUCCCAACCAGUACCAGUACAUUGCAGCGGUGGAUUAUAAUCCGCGAGACAACCAGCUCUAUGUGUGGAAUAAUUUUUACAUCCUGAGGUACAACCUGGAGUUUGGCUCACCGGAUCCAGCACAUGAUCCACCACAGUCAGAUGUCACUGGUGCUCCGCAGCCUCAGAGAACCACAACCACCACCACAACGACCACGGCGCACCGGGGCGUGGCCAACACCAGCACCACAACAGGGCUGAAGGAGGGCAGCAGGGGAGCGCCCAAGCCCCCUGCCGUGAUCCCGCAGACGACUUCCCCCCCGCCUCUGGAGUCCUACCCUCUGCCCGAGCGUUUCUGCGAAGCCACCGAGAAGAGAGACAUACUGUGGCCUCAGACCCAGAGGGGCAUGCUGGUGGAGCGACCUUGCCCCAAGGGAACAAGAGGCACGGCGUCUUAUUCCUGUGUCCUCUCCACCGGGGCCUGGCACCCGAAGGGCCCGGAUCUCAGCAACUGUACCUCCCACUGGGUCAACCAAGUCGCCCAGAAGAUUCGCAGCGGUGAAAAUGCGGCAAACUUGGCCAACGAGCUAGCCAAGCACACCAAGGGCCCCAUCUUCGCCGGGGACGUCAGCUCGUCCGUGCGCCUCAUGGAGCAGCUGGUGGACAUCCUGGACGCCCAGCUGCAGGAGCUCAGGCCCAGCGAGAAGGACUCGGCAGGGCGGAGCUUCAACAAGCUUCAAAAACGAGAAAGGACAUGCAGGGCAUACAUGAAGGCCAUUGUGGACACAGUCGAUAACCUUCUGCGACCGGAAGCCUUGAAGUCCUGGCAAGACAUGAACAGCACGGAGCAGACGCACGCCGCCACCAUGUUGCUGGACACUCUGGAGGAGGGGGCCUUCGUCCUCGCCGACAACCUCAUGGAGCCCGCCUUCGUCAAAGUUCCGGCAGACAACAUAAUCCUGGACGUGUACGUGCUCACCACAGACGGCCAAGUUCAGGAUUUCAAAUUCCCACAAUCCAGCAAGGGGGGCGUCUCGAUCCAGCUCUCGGCCAACACUGUCAAGCUGAACAGCCGGAAUGGAGUUGCCAAGCUGGUGUUUGUCCUCUACAAGAACCUGGGCCAGUUCCUCAGCACAGAGAACGCCACCAUUAAGAUGGCCGACGCUUAUGGCCGCAACGUGUCAGUGGCCGUCAACUCCGACAUCCUCGCCGCCUCCAUCAACAAAGAGUCCAGCCGCGUGUUCAUUAAUGACCCUGUGAUUUUUACCCUGGAGCACAUCGAUAUGGAGCACUACUUCAACUCCAAUUGCUCCUUCUGGAAUUACUCUGAGAGGAGCAUGAUGGGAUACUGGUCCACCCAAGGCUGCAAACUCCUGGAUUCCAAUAAAACACACACCACCUGCUCCUGCACUCAUCUCACCAACUUUGCCAUCCUCAUGGCGCAUCGUGAAAUCUCAGUAAGUCACGUUAACGACCGGGUCCACGAGCUGCUUCUCACCGUCAUCACCCGCGUCGGCAUCGUGGUGUCCCUCGUCUGCCUCACCAUGAGUAUCUUCACCUUCUGCUUCUUCCGGGGCCUGCAGAGCGACCGCAACACCAUCCACAAGAACUUGUGCAUUAAUCUCUUCAUCGCCGAGUUAAUAUUCCUAAUUGGUAUCGAUAUGACGGAACCCAGGAUUGGCUGCGCCAUCAUCGCCGGGAUCCUUCAUUUCUUCUUCCUGGCCUCCUUCUCCUGGAUGUGUCUCGAGGGGGUCCAGCUGUACCUCAUGCUGGUGGAGGUCUUCGAGAGCGAGUACUCUCGGAAGAAGUACUACUACGUGUCCGGUUACCUCUUCCCGGCCAUCGUGGUCGGGGUCUCGGCGGCCAUCGACUACCAGAGCUACGGGACAGAGAAAGCGUGCUGGCUAAGUGUGGAUAAUCAUUUCAUAUGGAGUUUUAUUGGACCUGUCACCUUUAUCAUCAUGCUCAAUCUCAUCUUCCUGGUCAUCACAAUGUACAAAAUGGUGAAGCACUCCACCACCCUGAAACCAGACUCGAGCCGACUGGAGAAUAUAAAUAAUUAUCGCGUUUGUGACGGCUACUAUAAUACAGAUUUGCCUGGCUAUGAAGAUAAUAAACGCUUUAUCAAGUCCUGGGUCAUGGGUGCGUUCGCCCUCCUCUUCCUUCUGGGCCUCACCUGGUCCUUCGGCCUCUUCUUCAUCAACGAGGCCUCCAUCGUCAUGGCGUACCUCUUCACCAUAUUCAACGCUUUCCAAGGAAUGUUCAUCUUUAUCUUCCACUGCGUCCUGCAGAAGAAAGUCCGCAAAGAGUACAGCAAGUGCUUCCGCCACACGUACUGCUGCGGCGGGCUGCCGACCGAGAGCUCCCACGGAUCCGCCAAGACCUCCACCACACGGACCAGCGCUCGCUACUCCUCUGGCACCCAGGUAGACCCGCAGCUUCCCAGUCGUAUCAGGAGAAUGUGGAAUGACACCGUAAGAAAGCAAACCGAGUCCUCGUUUAUCUCAGGUGACAUCAACAGCACCUCCACCCUUAACCAAGGAAUGACCGGGAAUUAUCUACUAACAAAUCCUCUGCUCCGACCACAAGGCACUAACAACCCUUAUAACACCUUGCUGGCUGAGACAAUCGUGUGUAACAACCCCACGGCUCCAGUGUUUAACUCGCCAGUGACCUACAGAGAGACAAGGCACUCGCUGAACAGUGCGGUGAGGGAUACAAGUGCAAUGGAUACUCUACCGCUAAAUGGUAACUUUAAUAAUAGCUACUCGCUGCGCAACGGGGACUUUGGCAACAGUGUGCAGGUAGUGGACUGCGGCCUCAGUCUGGACGAUGCUGCCUUCGAGAAAAUGAUCAUCUCCGAGCUAGUACACAACAACCUGCGUGCCUGUAACAAAAGCCACCAACAGCAGCAGCAGCACCCAAGUUUACACCACCCGCCCCACCACCAGCAGCCUCCGCAGUACCACCACCACCACCAUCACCACGUGGAGCGGCCUCCUCCCAAGGUGACGGUGAUCGGGGGCAGCAGCAGCGAAGACGACGCCAUCGUAGCCGACGCUCCGUCUUUGGUGCACACGCGCGACACCGUGGGCCUCAAGCUGCACCAUCAGCAGGAGCUGGAGGCGCCGCUCAUCCCCCAGCGGACUCACUCUCUUCUGUACGCACCCCAGAAGAAGGUGAGGACCGACGGGGGAGUCGAGACCUUUGUCAGCGAGCUGAAACCCACCGACCCUGACGACAGUCUACAGUCCCCAAACAGAGACUCCUUGUACACUAGUAUGCCUAAUCUAAGGGACUCGCCGUACCCAGAGAGCAGCCCCGACGUGGUGGAGGACCUGUCGCCGUCCAAGAGGAGCGAGAAUGAGGACAUUUACUACAAGAGCAUGCCUAACUUAGGGGCCGGACACCAGCUCCAGGCCUAUUACCAGAUAGGCCGAGGGAGCAGCGAUGGUUACAUUAUUCCUAUUACUAAAGAGGGCUGCAUCCCCGAAGGCGACGUGCGGGAAGGACAGAUGCAGCUAGUGACGAGCCUUUAA